CCGUUUGCAAGGCCAACACACAGAGUCGCAGCCUUCAAUCGAUCGAGUGGCAGCAUGCGUUUCGACACGCCGCUCAUCCUCUUGGUCUUAUCUUGCCUGAGUCUGGCAAUGGCGCAAGUGUCGUACGACGACUGCUGCCUGACCUACGUGAAAGAGCUCAACAAAAAGACGCAGGCGCGUGCGGUCAAGUACAGAAUUCAAGAAACGGACGGAGGCUGCAACAUCCGCGCCGUCAUCUUCACCAUGUGGAAAGGCCGCGUGUACUGUUGCGACCCGCAAGAGACGUGGGUGCAGGAGCUGAUGGCCAACAUCGACAAGAAAGCCGUCAAACACGUCAAGAAGGCCGCCCCAAAGCGCCAAAAGAGUCGCUUGAUCGGUUGAGUGAGCCC